AUGGCAAACUAGUGUUGUAAUUUUCGUACACUGAAUUUGUACGCCCAAUAUGCGAAACGCUGCGAGCAGCGUUGGAAAGUUAAUAAUUCUGUGAAUUUUCGUGAUUAUUCUAUGUGGAUGAAUUGCUGACAGUUGGGAUUAUUGAUGCUGGCAAGCUUUGUGAGAAUCUUGAGCCUCUCCAAUCAACCCUUGAUUAGUGAAAAAUUGCUCCAGUCCAAGAAAAACAGGACAUCUUCAAAUUGGCAACAUUCCAAUGCAAGUGCAUCGUCUCUCCAAUCUCCCAAAGCCUGCAAAAUGAUCACGUAGAUUAACGUGACUAGUACUACCAAUUUAGAGUUGAAACUUAUUCCUGUAGAUGUUUACCGUAGUUGUUUAGCAGGACUUCCUCAUGAGGACUUGACAACAGGGACGAUAAACAGAGUAGGCGAUAUUAUUUUUAGGAUCGAAAGAUAAGUGGAGAGAGCGCUACAUCCUGAGUUGCUUUAUUUCUUCUUGAGAAACCUUGCUGAUACAUUUUGUACAUGCAUCAUCGGCCUGGUCACCAAGAGGGACGUUAGAUUGAAAGAGUAGUGGACGUUCUGUGUUUGGUACAAGAUACUCCUGUUCCAGGCACGAAGGUCCUCCAGAAGUCAAGGAAGCCUGAAGGGUCACAGACAACCCGUGAUUAUGUUCAUCAGGUCUGCGUGACGCUCAUUCGAAGACCACGGAGAAGACCCUUGAUGCAUAGCAUCUGAGAAAGAACCCUUGAGAAAGAAGCGAAGCAAGGACAACGCUACAAUGGCGCGUCAGAAGCCAGAGAAGAUCUACCACAUAUCCGUGAUGGGCAUGUCGGGAACGGAGACAGAGCGCGGGGCCACGGGAGUCGGCAAGUCGUGCCUCUGCAACCGCUUCUUGAAUCCUCACCAGGACAAGUACUUCACAGACCACAUCUCGGUCAUCAGCUCGAGUGAUUUCAGCGGGCGCAUCGUAAACAAUGACCACUUCCUCUACUGGGGUGAAUGUACAAGGAAGUAUGAUGGCGAUUCAAUAACAUACAGAGUGGUGGAACAGACAGAGUUUAUAGAUGACUCCUCCUUCUCGCCCCUCAGAGGGUCAAACACCCAUGCGUAUUACAAACGAGCUGCGGUCACAAACCUCAAGUCUGCGGAGAAGGUCAUGUACAUCUGUAAAGAUCAAGUUGGUGACGAAACCAACUUCACCCAGAAAAUUCUCCCAGACGGUAAAUUCCCUGUGGAUGGUUUCUUGAUCAUCUACGACGUCUCGCGGUCACCGGGACACGAGAAACAACUGGAAUGGCUCACCAAGCUGCAAGGACAACUCCACAAGGCAAAGCGGCCGGUGGUCGUCGUCGCAACCAAAUACGACGAAGCCUGGGACCAGUACGUGCGUGACGCCAAGGCCUUCGCGGCGAAGAUCAAAGCCCCGCUCAUCGAGACGUCGUCGCAAGAGGGUGUCAAUGUAGACCUGGCAUUUGCGAUGAUCGCAAGCAAGAUCGAUAAGAGAAGCGGGCCGAGGGAGGUGCCGUUCCCAUCAGCUAACGAAGCGAGGCAGAAGGUGAUCACGAAGGCGGUGGACGAGUAUGAACAGAUGCUCAAGAAAGAGGUGGUCAACUACCAUGAUCUGUGGACGUCGCGCAAGAAGCAGUACCAGAACAGAGAUGUUUUUAGAAAGGUUGUUGAACUCAUUGGUACAAAGAAUGCCAAGAACUACUUCACACGGCACACACAGCGGCUUCGCCAGAACCACCAGCAGAAUAAAAUGAAGCUAUAUCUGGGAAGACUACCAGACGCACUGGAGAGUAUAUUCCCUGAUUUGAACUCCAUCAGUGGAAGGGACUGGACAGAAUGUCGUCACAUGCUGCCCGAGAUGACCAACUUCGCCCAGUGGUUCAUUGUGCUGCCACACGACCAGUCUUGGAGGGAGAGUGAAUACAUCGACACGAACGAGGUUCGCAUCCCUUACGACCUUCUCGAAGGCAACGAGAUGGAAUGUGAGAAUUGCUUCCAGGAUCACGUCAAUAGACUCAACGCUGCCAAGAGGAAAGAGAAAAUGAAGGCAGACUUCAAGAAGCUGCUGGAAAAUCUCCCGAACAUCGUCCUUCCGUUCCGCGCCAUGGACGAGGACGUCGUCCUGGACGCGAUCUCCAACAGCGAGAGCUUCGGAGAGCUCGACGAGAGCACGAAGGUCGCCAUCUACAAUGUGCACCAGGAGAACAUCCAAGCCCGGGCGCAGUCGGACUUUGCCGAGCUCCUGAUGGAGAAAUAUGCCCUACUUGCUAGUGUGGAUAUCACCCAGCAGCCAAGCAAAGAGGUGCAGAAACUGGUGAAACAGCUGGAGCAUGAGCCUAGAUGGCAGAAGCUGUCUGAGAUGAAUCUAGAGAGAUACGUGAUGCUGCUCAAACAGCUUGCCUUCGUACACAAUCCCACGACCGACAGCUGUUACUACGGCGAGAAGUGCAUGGAGAAACUAACUCAACUCUGCAUAGAGAGAACAGUACAGAGAUCACCGAUCAAAGAAUUGGGAACUUGGGACGACUCAAACAACAAACUCAACAUCAUUGUCGUUGGUGAGGAUGGAUUGGCCGAUGAACUUGACACCGAAAUCAAGAAUUCACAGGCAUUUCGGGGCAGCGGAAGGAAUUAUUCCCAGUCGCAAUCGUAUGAUGGUGACUACACGCUGGAUAAGGUUCUAUACAGCCUCGAUCUGAAGACUAUAGAGGGCGAUAUCACUCAUCCUAGUAAUCAACUCCAAUCGGAAAGCUUCACACCGCAAGGUUGUAUCUGUGUCUUCACAUCUCUGGAGGGUUUCCAGUACAUCCAAGACGCCCUGGAACGUACCAUUCUAUCCGACCAGGAGGAGUACAACUCAACGACCCUGAGGGACCUGGCCGUGGUGCUAAUGUUCGGUCGCAGCACCAGUCCGGAGGCGGACGCGGCUCAGGUCAGGGAUAAAGCAGAGAUGUUGUGCCGCAGGUUGAACAACUGCCAGAUCGUGAACGUGCCUCCAGACAACACGACCCUGUGGCACGGGAAGAAAUUCAGCGAGUCUCAGAUACAGGACGCCCUCAGAUCCGUGGUCGCAGGUCAGAAGUAUCGCAGCGGGACGCCCAACCAGGUGGAGAGUGACAGAGGAGAUAGGGGAGACAAUGCUUUCAGGAUUGGGCUAUGCAUGCCUUGCGGUGACCCCUUCCAGCCGGACCUGGUCCUGUCGCCCAUCACCAGCCACAACUGCGUGGCGACGCCCAACGAGAAGAACUCCAUCACCUGUGAUAUGUUCCUCAUCGACACCAAGUGCAGGGUGGACUUUGAGAUCUCAUCCUAUCACUUAGGGGACAUCCUCAGGGAGCAGCGCGUUCACCACGGUUACAUCCUGGUCUACGCAGCUCAGCGGAAGGCAUCGCUGGAACUGCUCAAGUGGUUCCUAAAGAUGGUGGCUCCCAUCCCAACGCUAGUCGUGGCCGUGUGUGAGGACAUCAACUCGGCUGCGGACGGGAUAGCAGAGGGUAACCGUCUAGUGGACGAUACACCCACUGCAAGAUUAGUGACAGCGAACUGCUCAUCAUUCAGAGAUCAAACUGUGAUCUACAACAGGUUUCUGAAGGAAGCACUUGACAAGAGGAGAGAGACGGAAAGGAUGUUCAAGGUGGAGGAGCCACCCAGUCCAAGUCCUUUCAUAUCUAACAGACCUCCCAUGGAGCUACCCUCACCCCACAGAGACGUCACGCUAGAUGAUUCCCAGACCCCUACGUCAGGCUACACCCCUGAGUUUGUACCCCGCAAGAGAUCCGUUUCUUCUGAAGCGGUGGUCCACGACCCCUUGGUAAAGCCCAGCGAAAUCCGCAACCGCAUGAGACUGCAGCAGCAGACGCAUUAUAGUUUCAGAGGUGGUGAAGACUCGUUAUACGAUGUGAUAAGCCAAAGCCAAUCCUCCAAGUGGGCCCCGAAGCCAACCAAUGAAGCCCGCAUAUACCAUACAGCCAACUAUGAAUCCAGGCCGCGCCGGUGGGGCUCGGAAGUGCGGCGAAAGCCAAACUUGCCCCUGCCCUCAACACCUCAGAGUUCUGGUACAGAAGCGCACUAUAUACAUGUUGAGAGGAGAGGCUCUGAACCUGUACGGCCAUCGGUGGCGCUGUCGGCCCGGCCACAUCAAGACUCCUUCCAACCUAGUAGUCCUACUAAACCAAAAGUCAAACCUAAACCACCUAUCAGAAGCAGCAGUAAAAAACAAGAGUAUUCACCAGGUGAUAAUGCCUCUGCAAACACUACUACCCAGGAACCGGAGGAAAUAGCGGCCUAUGGAGAGUAUAGUGGACCAACAACCAAGGCAAAACCAGAGGAAAUAGCGGCUUAUGGAGAGUAUAGUGGACCAACAACCAAGGCACAACCAGAGGAAAUAGCGGCUUACGGAGAGUAUAGUGGACCAACAACCAAGGCACAACCAGAGGAAAUUCCAGUGUAUGGAGAGAUUGAUAGAUCUGCAAAAAGAGCUACUCCUAAAUCUGAUCCAGCUGAGGAAGCACCGGCAUAUGGAGUGGUCAAUAGAACUUCUAAAAAGCCUCCAGUGGCAGCACCGGGAGCAGAGGGAUUGUACGGCGUUGUUAAUAAGCCAGCUAAGAGCCCCAAACCCAAACUUAUGCCGAAACCUGAUGCAGUAUACGGAACUGUGAACAAGCCACCCAAACCUUCUCCAUUCUCGACCCAAGGAACUGAACUUCAGGGUCUUGCCGGAACCACGGGAAUGUAUAAGGAAACAGACCAGAGCCAAGGAAAGGAGGAUCUAUAUGGCACUGUAGACAAGUCUCGUAAGACCAAAGAAGAACCGCAAUCAGUUGACGUUUCGGCACAACCAGAGGACAUGUAUGCGGUGGUUGACAGGCAACGCAAGCCGGCCGAGCAAAAGCCGUCUCCGGAUGAGCCUCCCCCAGACGGUCUUUACGCGGCAGUAGACAGGGGGUUCAGGACGUCCACGCCAGAUACGAAUCGCCCUAUGGAAGGCUCAGGGAUGAUAGAUAACGUGCUAUACGACUCUUACAGCAACCAAAAGUCACCGGCCCAAACAGGCAAUUCCAUGACCUAUGCCACAGUGCCAGAUUACAGAACGUCGGAGGAGCCGGAGGAAGGGAUGCAGGAUAACCCCCUCUACACCGCCUUCAGCCCCACCUUCAGCCCCACCCCUUCUGAGAGUAGUAGACAGAGGCAGGAGCCACCACCAAUCGCGCCUAAACCAGGGAAACUGGACCUUACUAAAUUCCCUGUACGCAUGGAGGGGCUUAUGCGCCCCAUUGGUAACGUAAACCGCCCCAACGACCUCCCAGUUUGGCACCACCGCAGCACCCCCACCCACAAUAACCACCCCCCGCCCUUUGCUAGCCCCGAGAGCGAUGAGGGGGCGGGGUACUCCAGCCCGGCCGACGCCCUCCCCUUUGAUCAUGUCCGAAGGGUAAUCGGGAGCAGCUUUAGGACCGGUGGUAGUAGCGGAGGAGGAGGGGGUCCCCAGUCGGGAAUUUACUCACAGCCCCACGAUCACCUGCCUCGCGGCACUAACCAGCGAAUCAUGUUCGGCAAACCGAUGGUCGCGACCACACCUCGCCCCACUGGGCUACCUGUAGCAAACAACAACACCCCUGAUGCCUCGCCUGCGAAUGCCAGCCGGCCCAGAGAGGUGCAGAAACAAACCCCCAUCAGGAGGCCCCUGGGUACUGCGAAUGCCAGGCACAAGAAGCGGGAGGAUUUCCUCAAGGGAUUGAACAAGCUUAUAGAAGCCCCCUUGUAUGAUCCCAAAUCACACGAUGAGCAAGCUAGCCAGGCAUCCAUGGACGGCUCUUUCCAGGACAACGAGCCUAAUACUCCCAUUGACAAGUUGCCAAAUAAAAAAAAGGAUAACAAAAAAAAACCAAAAGGCAAAAAGGGGAAGGAUGGACUACCUUGUAAGCCGAUAAAACCCGCUCUUGAAACGCUCAUAUUGAAUGAGAAUGGCGUUCCGUCUUUCAUCGAACAGUGUGUGGAUCGGAUAGAGGAAGAAGGUAUCUCCCAAGAGGGUAUAUACAGGGUGUCCGGUAAAGCAUAUGAUAUCGAGGUGAUCAUCAAGAUGUUUGAUGAGGAUCAGCUCGCCGAUCUGAACUCGUUAGAGAACCUAAGCGCCAACACGGUCGCCUCCGCACUGAAGCAGUUCUUCAAGAAUCUCCCGGAGCCGAUCAUACCCUACAGUACACAGGACAAGAUGAUUGCCGACUACAAAGAUGUCAACAACGAAGAUCUCUUUGUCGAGCGGUUGCCCGAAUACCUUAUCGGCCUGUCAUCCGUCAAAAAGAAUGUUCUCACCUACAUGAUGAGACAUAUGAAGAGGGUGACGGGUCAUCAACAGGAGAACAAAAUGAAGGCCGAGAACCUUGCUAUAUGCUGGUGUCCGUCCCUCCUGCAGGUCCCCCCGGAGGACUUUCAUACCAAGUGGGAAAUACUGAUCCGCAUCCUCCAGCUCAUAAUGGAGAAUGAGGAGAGUCUCGCUGGUAUCACCGAUUGAUACCGCCACCAGGUUUUCAGUAAACUCUUUUAGGGCUGGUAUCACCGAUCGAUACCGCCACCAGGUUUUCAGUAAACAUUUUUAGGGCCGGUUUCACCGAUUGAUACUGCCACCAGGUUUUCGUUAAAGGGCCACUCUAACCAAAACUGACUAAAAAAAUGAAAAAAAGACAUGUAGAAUAAUUUUUGAUGGAGAUUCUGAACAUGACAAUGAUUUUUCUUAGAAUUCGUCAAUGCUUCUGGAAUCUAGCUUUAAAGGCACUAUACAACCUUAACAAACUGUAGAUAUGUCACAUGCAUACAGCAACAUGAACCCACAAACAGUAAACAUCAAUGAAUUAGUAAUAUUUCUCUUUUUGUUUCCUUUUAUUUUAAUAUCAAGUACAAUGUAUUUCUCUAAAAACAAGAGCCUGUUACAAAAAAUUAAAGGAA